CUUGAGAUAUCAUACUAUAAUGGAACCUAGUAUGAGACCAAACAAUAUGAAGCUUUCUUUUAUUUUCGUUUUCACCUUUCACUUCUACUUGAUUGUUUUAUCUUACUCCAAAUCAAUUAUCAAAACAAUUCCAGGAUAUGCAGGAGAUCUUCCUUUUAAACUUGAAACCGGGUAUAUUGGAGUAGGGGACAACAAAAACGUACAAUUGUUUUAUUACUUUGUCGAAUCAACAAGGAACCCACAAGAAGACCCGCUUAUAUUUUAUAUUCCCGGUGGACCAGGUGCUUCUGCGUUAAUCACAUUCUUAUAUGAAUUAGGUCCACUUAACUUUGAUUUGGAUAAUGAUCUGGAUAAUAUCACAUUAAUACUGAAUCCAACCACAUGGACACAGAUGGCCAACAUCAUAUUCGUGGAUAUACCGGCUGGUGCGGGAUUUUCCUAUGCUGAAACAAAAGAUGGAUGGAUUAGCAGCGACAACAUCCUGGCUGAUCAUGCUAAUGAGUUCAUAAAGAAGUUUCUCAAUGAUCAUCCCAAAUUUUUGAAGAAUCCACUUUAUAUAGCAGGGAUUUCAUACAUUGGUAUUGUUGUUCCAAAAAUCACUCUAGACUUGUAUGAAGGUAAUGAGCGUGGGGAUCAACCGACAUUGAAUAUUCAAUUCAUGGAUUUCAAUUCAAGACUUGAAUAUGCUCAUCGUAUGGCACUUAUAUCAGAUGAUAUUUAUAAGAUUGCUUAA